AUCACCCAGCCAAGGCUUGACGUUUUAAAGGGAGCCCUGAGCGCGUCGCUGCUUCCUCAGAUUUGACGGAGCCCGAGAAAGGGAGAAGCGGCCAAGAGUCGCGGCGGGCACUCGCUGCCCCCUUUUUUCUUCCCUGAGCGGGCUGUACAAUCCUCGGCAGUGUCCUGAGACUGUAUGGUCAGCUCAGGGACGGCUCGGUUCGGAGAGCAGGCUCCUUCAGCAACCUUCGUCCUCCUGCUCCGCGUCUGAAUGCGCGGAGAGAGCGCCUAGCCCGGGGCCCCUUUGGCGGCAAGGAACCUUAAGCGCGGGGAAGGCAGAAGCGGCGCAAAGGGCCAGCGAAGCCACCCAAGCCCAGCGCCUAUCAAAGGCCUUCGGGGACCUUCCCACCGACUGAAGCCAGCUCCCCCCACCCCGCCGCCCCGCCGCCUGGAUCUCCGUGCGCCCGGGCUGCCCUUAGCCCACCGGAGCCUUCGCCUUCCUCUCCUGCCGUUUGGGUUAAGCGACGAAGAGGGGGAAAGAGCGAAGCGGGCAGAGCAGCGGGAGCGGCAGAGGCGUCCAGGAUGACAGCUGAGAAGGAAAAAAAGAGACUGAAGCAUGAUCAGUUACAAAUGGGAAAGCUCAAGCUGAGCAGUUCUGAAAGAAGGAAAGAGAAAUCAAGGGAUGCAGCACGAUGCAGAAGAAGCAAAGAAACUGAAGUAUUCUAUGAGUUGGCCCAUGAGCUACCAUUGCCUCACAACAUUAGCUCACAUCUGGACAAGGCAUCUAUUAUGAGGCUUGCAAUCAGUUUCUUACGGACACACAAACUAUUGUCUUCAGUCUGCACCCACAAUGAGAGAGGAAUUGAGACAGAUCAACAGCUGGAUAACUUGUACCUGAAAGCUUUAGAGGGUUUUAUCACUGUCAUCACACAGGAUGGAGACAUGAUCUUUUUAUCUGAAAACAUCAGCAAAUAUAUGGGCUUGACACAGGUGGAAUUGACCGGCCACAGCAUUUUUGAUUUCACUCACCCAUGUGAUCAUGAAGAAAUUCGUGAAAAUCUAAGCUUGAAAAAUGGUCCAGGUUGUGGGAAAAAAAAUAAAGAGAUGUCCCUGGAACGUGACUUCUUCAUGAGAAUGAAAUGCACUGUUACUAACAGGGGCAGAACUGUAAAUCUCAAAUCUGCCACAUGGAAGGUUUUGCACUGCACCGGACAAAUUAAGGUCUAUAAUACCUGUCCCCCUCAUGCUCUGUGUGGUUUUAAAGAGCCACUCUUAUCCUGCCUUGUUCUGAUGUGUGAGCCCAUUCAGCAUCCUUCCAAUACUGAUAUUCCACUGGACAGCAAGACUUUCCUGAGCCGUCAUAGCAUGGACAUGAAAUUUACUUACUGUGAUGACAGGAUAACGGAAUUAGUUGGAUAUCAUCCAGAGGAGCUGCUGGGCCGUUCUGCCUAUGAAUUCUAUCAUGCACUGGAUUCUGAGAGUAUGACCAAAAGUCAUCAAAACUUAUGUGGAAAAGGUCAAGUGGUUACAGGGCAGUAUCGCAUGCUUGCCAAGCAUGGUGGCUAUGUGUGGCUUGAAACCCAAGGAACAGUCAUCUACAAUACUCGGAACUUGCAACCUCAGUGUAUAAUUUGUGUUAACUAUGUUCUAAGUGAAAUAGAGAACAACGACAUUGUCUUCUCCAUGGAUCAGACAGAAUCACUAUUUAAGCCUCAUAUGAUGGCCAUGAACUCUAUGUAUGACCAUGGAAUUCCAGUGGCUGGUAAGAGUGACUUCUUAUUCACCAAGCUGAAGGAAGAACCAGAAGAACUUGCUCAGUUGGCACCAACUCCAGGCGAUGCAAUUAUUUCUCUUGACUUUGGAACGCAAAAGCUUGAGGAAAUUCCUACCUACAACAAAGCUGUGAUGACUUCAAACACUCCGUGGUCUCCAGAAGGGAAGAACCAGGCAUCCCAGGCUGAAAAGCUGACUGUACCAUCAUUUACCUUGCCUCAAGUGGCACCUGGCAGCAGCACUCCCAGUGCAAGCAGCAACAGCAGCUGUUCCACCCCAAGUAGCCCAGGAGAUUAUUACACUUCUUUAGAUGAAGACCUGAAGAUAGAGAUGAUUGAGAAGCUUUUUGCCAUGGACACAGAUGCCAAGAAUCAAUGCAGCUCACAGAGUGACUUCAAUGAACUGGAUCUUGAAACUUUGGCUCCUUAUAUUCCCAUGGAUGGAGAAGAUUUCCAGCUGAGCCCUAUCUGUCAAGAGGAGCGUCCUCUGUGUGAAAGUGUCCAGCUUCCCCAGCACAGCUUAAGUAACAUGAACAGUCUCUUCCAACCACUUGCUCCCUCUUCCCAAAGCGACUUCCUGCCAGAGAAAUAUUGCCAGCCAGGAUCUGACAAAAGCAUGCCAGCAGGCCAAGGGACUCUGCCACUGGCAUUCUUCAACCAUGGGAGUCAGUCAUCCUCAUUCUUGCUGCCCUACUAUGCACAAGCCAACACUCCACUGUCUUCAAUGGGAGGGAGACCAAAUACACAGUGGCCACCUGACCCACCAUUACAGUAUGUGCCAACAAAAUGGAGAGGAAUCAGCCAUAAGUCUUUAACAAGCUCUGCAUCAGACCCUCCAUCACUGCAUUUGCCCAGCAGAAGCACAGAUAGGAAAAGGUCACUGGAAAGUUUUGGACAGCGUGGCAUAGAUAUAAAUCCAGCCCGAAUAGCUCUUGCUAACAGUCUGAAGUUGAAGCGGCAGUUAGAUUAUGAGGACCAAACAUUUCAACAUCUGAAUGGGUCACAAGAUGACAUAUCUGGCCUUAAUCCAGCCCACUUAAUGUUGAAAAGGAUGAAAAUUCUCAGAAGUGAAAACUGUGCAUUGCUUUCAGAAAAGAAGUCACUCAGCACAAGUGUCCUUAAUGAUAAGUUUCUUUAUAACCUACAAAGAUGCUCAGGCCAGCCAGCACAUGUGAUGCAGCAACAACAGCAAGAUCUACCCCUGUCCUCUGGCAACUCUGCAAAUAAUUCCAAAGCUGUGUACUCUCCACCUUUUUACAAAACCCCUUAUCAGGACUUCAGUGUAUCGCAAGCUCAUAGGAUGUCAGGAGUUGCAAGUCGUCUGCUCGGGCCUUCUUUUGAACCUUAUUUGUUGCCAGAAUUAACCCGAUAUGACUGUGAGGUUAAUAUCCCGGUGAUGGGCAGUUCGACGCUUCUUCAGGGAGGACAUAAUCUCUCCAUGUUGAAAUACUCAUACUUGGGAAGCAGUGAUGGGAUCCUCCCGGUUUAACAACCGGUUCGGUGAUCACGUGAUUUGCGUGCGCAGUUUGAAGAAAUCUUCACUUCCAGGUUUCUUUGGAGGAGUAACAUAGCUGAUUCGCAUGGCAAUGUGCUCUGCCGCACGAAUCAUCUGAGAAGAUAAAGGUAGGAAAAUAGCAUAGGCGGGGGGGGGGGCAUCUGAUAGUCAGGGCAAACUGGUUCACUCCCAGCUUAUUGUCAGAGCUAGCAGUUCACCCGAACCAGUCCAAACCAGUAGAAUCCCACUCCUGUUUGGAGGUUAUUCUGGUCCCCAAAUUAGGAUUUUCAUCAUUUCUCAACAGCUCACUACAUUGUACCAAGGGCAAGCACUUGUGGAAGAAAAGUCUGGAGCAUGUCUUCCACGCAAGAUGUUAGCCUUAACAUUCUACCACUUGAUCAUUAGCAUCUACAGGUGAGAUUAUAUAAGGCAGAGGGAAAAUUGGGCCAAUCAGAGCACUCUUUACAGCAAAGGACAAAAGGUAUAGAACUCCCCCAAUUCCAGAAAUUGUUCAGACUGAGAAUUGAAUCUUCUUCAGAAUUGAUGACAGGAAUAUCCUCUGUCUCCUCUAAAAGUAGAGGCCUAAAUUAGAAAUUAUUAAGCAGGUGGUUAAGACACAAAAUGUGGCCCAUGCCACUGAAAAAUGCAUACUCUAGGUUCACAUGAAUUACAAAUCCAGCCAUCAAAUAUAAUUCUAUACCUAUAUGAUAGUAAGCCCUGCUGAAAGAGAAAGGACAUAAUUUUGGAAAGACAUGUAUAAAUUUGCAUUUCCAAGUGUUUGCCUAAAGCCAUGCAAAUUUCAGGAAGAAUUUCUCAAAGGGUAGCCAUCAUAAUAUACCCUUUUUCAGCUUGGUGCUCUCCAGUGUUCAUUACAACUUUAAGAAAUACAGAACCCACAAUACUUUAUAUCAGGAGGAUAUCAUGGGGAGGAAGACUGUGAUAAUACUUUCACAAUUAAUUAAGUAUAUGGCAUAAUUUCAGAUCUGCAGGAAGAGUGUUUUAUCAGAAUAUUGUAUUUAAAAAUUAGGACUUAUGAAGCAUUAAAGUAUUGUUUAUAUAUAGUUUGUCAUAAUGCAUAUGUUCAAAAAAUGCAAUGUAUUACAGCUUCAACUAAAUAUAUUUAGCGGUAAAUUUGAUUUGCUUAAUGUGACUCUCAGAUAUGAGUUUUAAUUGGAUCAGAUUUUCAGUUAUCAUAAUAAAGUUGUAAUUUUGGAGGAAACAUUAAAAAUAUGCACAUUAAGCUGCUAAUAUCAAAUAGUUCGCUUUAAAUGAUCCAUUGAUUUACAGUGACAUCUCUGGAGCUAAAGUGGUUGAAGCAAAACAGAUCUGUUUGUGAUAAAGAGCUGUGCCUGAAUGGCACUCAUAUAUUGCUAUUUUAUUUUUAUUUGUACUUUCACCAUUCAAGUGUUUACCGUAACCUUUUACUAAAACUACACUGAGGGAGAGGGAGACCAUGCUUAUAAUAUUAACCAUAACUAUUGUCAUAAUUAUUUCAUGUUCUCUCUAUUUUUGAAUUUCUUAUUGAUAAUCUUGUAACUGUAUGGCAACUUUUAAUUCAAUAAAGUAAUGUAUUUUGACACUGAUACUUUAUUAAAGAUUACUGAUCCUUC